UCAUCGCCCUCUCUCCCCGGAAGCCCAAGGCCGAAUUACGACCUCGCCGACGUUUCUCUCUCAUCCGUUUUCUUUUUCGCCAAGCAAUCCAUCUUCACAUAAAUCUCAUCAAUUCCAACUCAUCUUCUUCCUAACGUCCUUCUCUUCUGUUCUUUCCAAAAUUCUGUUUUGGCCCUUUAUUUCCUCUGCGGUCACGACGACUUGGUUAAGGAUCCAUCGAUCCAUUGAUCAUGUUCAUCAUAAUCCAUCCAAAUUUGGUGAUUUCUGCUUGAGGUUAUACAAUUCUUUUGUUGUGUAGUACUCGUUAGAGCUGUAAUUAGUUUAUGAUAGGAUUAGAAAUUUGUCGACCUCAAGCAAUGGAAUGGAAAUGGCCGCAUUAUGCAGAAGUAAAGCUGGUUUUAAUAAAUGGACUUUCGAUUUCUUCGACACCUCGUUUUGAGUAUUCCUCAUUACUCUUGAUAGGUGACUUUUAGGUUGACUUGUGUAAAUACAAUUAGGUUUGUAGAUAAAUGGCGUCGAAGUGGGUAAAAGUGUCGGACAGUGGUAGUAGGGUCAUUGUUGAUUCAAAGAGGAAACGGGUAUCUCAGCGCCAGGCUCAGAUAGUUAGAGCUAGCAACAGGGCUUUGGCUGUGAGGCCCGACCUUGCUUCAGUAUUGAAGAAGACUGGAAAGAGAAAGAGAGAUGAUGGCUGCAUGUCCAAGUGCUGCUCUUCCUUUAGGAAAACUAUACUUAAGAACUACUCAAAUUUUAUGAAAAGUGGACUGCCUCAUCGCUUGCUUUUCUCUCAAGAUGGUCAAUGGACUGAUUUUUCCCAAGAUGUCAUCGACUUGGUUAAGGAGGACUUCUUGGCAAAGAAGGGAGCGACUGAAGUGAAGUUUAAUGGGCGUCAUCUAAUGUUAGAUAUCUUACAUAUGAUCGAAGUAGAUUUGAAAACUGGUGUACAGAAACCUAUAGCAUGGAUUGAUGACACAGGUAGCUGCUUUUUUCCUGAAUCAUAUUCUAGCUGUCAUGAAAGUCAUCAAUGCAAUAAGUCUGAAGCAAUGAAAGAUUUAGAACUUGUUGAACAAGAGUCCUCUAUGACUCCUGAAAUUAAUUUGCAUAUUGAGAUUGAUCUAAAUGGACCAAGUAGCAGUAAUUUCGAGGAAUGCAUUGAAGAGUCAAAUGUUAAGAGGAUCAAACGUGACCAGGAAGGUUAUACAGAUCUUCAAGACCGCAAUUUAUAUAAUAAUCGCAACCAACUAGGUGCAAAAACUGACCAACUUGUUGAGAAAACUCAACAGAGUGAUGAAGAUGCAUCCCCUAUUUGUGAAAGUAUUUGCAGAACCCUAGACCCAGAAACUGUUGGAAGUAUGUUUAGCAGGGCACUAAGUCCGGCCCUGAAGGUUGAAAUAAUUGAUGUCAAGAAAUGCUCUGGUGGUAUUAUGGAAGCGAGGCUAGAGCUUUUCCAAAAGCAGAUUGAAAUUACACAAAAGCUUCGUGCAAAGGCAAAUGUGCAAUAUGCUUGGUUUGCAUCUCCUACAGAUGCACUAUCUAGCACUGUGGUUUAUGGGCUUGGACAUGAUGGGACAAAACUUGGAAGGUAUGGGUAUGGAGUCCACCUUACUACCGUUGACUCUGCCCAAAACAGUGCAACUAUUUGUGAUGUUGACGAAAAAGGAGUAAGAUAUAUGGUGUUAUGCCGUGUGAUAGUGGGAAAUAUGGAACUUGUUUUCCCCGGAUCUAAACAAUUUUGUCCAAGUGAUGAGUGCUUUGACACUGGAGUUGAUAAUCUGCAAAAUCCAAAUCAUUAUGUCAUCUGGAACAUGAAUAUGAAUACCCAUAUCUAUCCCGAAUAUACAGUCAGUUUCAAGAUGUCUCCAAGUGCUGAAGGGAAUCUGAUUGUAGAGGGAAGUAGAGUUGACUUAUCGAGGGUAACAACUCAAGAUCCCCAGGGACCCAUGCAGAUAGAUUCCUCUCCUAGUAAACUGAUAUCUUCAGCCGGCUACAAGUUGUACAAAAUAGCAGAUAGCCUAAAACUCUUGACGUUUGUAACUUAGGAGGGGCGAGCCUUAAGGUUGCUCUUUUGUGACUGGAAGGUCAUGGGUUCAAGUCACAUAACAGCCCCUUUGCUAAGUCAAGGGAAAGGCUGCAUGCAAAGGUUUCUUUCUGAAUCUUUGCUAAGGUAAGGGAGCUCUAGUGAAUCAAGGUCACCCUUUUUCUAACUGAGGACCUGAGUUCAAAGCUUGAUUGUGGUUUUGGCAUGCUGGCAGAUCGAGGCUGAUUAACUUGUGUGAUAUGAAACUCUUAUUACUUUCAUGAAAGCUAACAAGGAGGGGAUUUCCCCCCUUACAAUAUGCUAAUUGGCUUGUUCCUCUGUAUGGUGUUUAAUAUGAAGGGUUAUGAUACACACAUUGCCAAUAAUCGAGCAUUUGGAUGUCCAAAAGCUUGUAUGGAGGAACACAAUCUUGGUUGGAUGGAAGUUGACUUCCAUGAAUUUUUUUCUUUCCAGCUUGGAGCAGUGCGUGCUGCUAUCUAUUCCCUUCUUUCUGUGGAAAUUGGAACACUUGACACACAAUUUUCAGUAGAAUAUUCGUUUGUUUGCUAGACCUCCAAAAUCUCUUAAAUGAACACAUAUUAAGGAAUCUUGAGGUCCCAAUUGAUAAUAAAGUUAAAGAAGUUUUUACGUGUAAACAUUCCAAUAAAGAAAAUGUUGCAAUUUUCAUGGGAGGAG